GACGGAUGAUGCUAGUGAAGAACACUGUCGACGCCUGUGUUGGCAAGAAUGUUAGUUCCUGCUCUGCACUGGCCGUUUCCUGUACUCGCAUAGUGUUGUCAGACGGAGAAAGCCAUGUGUGUUGAAGCAAAGACAAUGACUGUCUGCAAAUGAGUUUGGAGAUGGGUGGCUCUCCAUUCACUUCACCUUAAGAAGAAAGCGAAACGCUGUCUGGAGAAAGGUGGGCAUAAAAGCAAGGAAGCGAAAGAGGAGACGAAGAGGAGGAGGAGAAGAGAAGAGGCUGAGGUCUCUGUCUCUGUGAACUUUACCUCAAUUAGUAAAUUAAUUGGGACAAUCUGACCAAUAGUUUCUGUAGGCCGCUCUGACGCCACUGAAGUGGUUGUCACCGCAGAGGACUCUUCCCUUCUUUGGAAAACAAAGGAGGAGAGCCCAAGAUGGCGGACCCUAUCAUGGACCUGUUCGAGGACACGCCCCUUUUUAACCUGGAUGCUCUGCCUGAUGAUGCCUUUACGCAGGGGUCCUCGGACCCUGUCGAGGAAGCUUUGAAGUUGGCACUGGGGCAGGUCGAUACGUCCCCUGUUUCAGCUCCUGUCCCGCCUCCUAUCCAGGUGCAGCACCCUGUCCAGGUGACCCUCUCCCCGACAGCGACACUUAGUGCCGUAACAGUUUCAGGCCAGCAGACGCCUAUUUCUGUGGCCAGUAGCAGUGGAGCUGCCACCGUCCUGUUGGGGUCACCGUUGGCCGCCACUCAACAGCACCAGCAACUUGCUGCCGUUACAUCUCAGGCUGGUCAGGCCUCCCCCAAAAUUGUCAUCCUGAAGAGUCCCCAGGGGCAGACACAGCUGCUGCAGGGCGUGGCUGGGGCCGCAGGCUCCCCCGCGGGAAAGGUCACCAUCGCCAGGGUGCUGACUGGGACCUCGCUCCGACCAGGCAUGUCUAUUGUGUCAGGGGGCACAGUCCUGAAUGCCACAGCGCCGGCCCAGGGCCAGGUGAAGGUGGGGACAGGCGUGCAGCGGCUUGUGCAGUCCCCCAAUGGCCCGCUGAAGCAGGUCCUGCUCACCUCUGUGCCGCAAGCUCAGCAGCAGCUCCAGGUUCAGGCCCAGCAGCAGCUCCAGGUUCAGGCCCAGCAGCAGCUCCAGGUUCAGGCCCAACCCCAUGUUCAAGUGCAGGUUCAGGCCCAACCCCAGGUCCAGCUGCAGGUUCAGGCUCAACCCCAAGUUCAGGUGCAGGCCCAGGUCCAAACCCAGAUGCAAGUGCAAACACAGCCACAAGUACAAGUCGCAGGAACUGGGAGCCCUGCUUCUGGUCGACCACCAGGGGUCACCCUCACCACAUUACCACAGCAGGGGGAGGCCAAGAGGAUCACACUGGUGCUGCAGCAGCCCGCUCAGGCCGGGGCUGGCCAGGGCACGGCAUUGGUGGCUGGUGGGACAGCGGUAGCUGGAACUGCGGUGGCUGGGACUGGACAGCAACAGCAGCCCAGACUGGUGCUGGGAUCUCUCCCGGGGAAGCUGGUUCUGCAGGGGGGGCAGCUGGCAGCUCUAACGCAGGCCAGGGCCGGGCAAUCAGGCGGCCAGCCGAAAGUCCUCACCAUCCAGCUGCAGGUGCAGCAGCAACCCAAUGCACAGGGAUCCAAGUUCCAGCUAGUCACUGGGUCGCCCUCUAGUGGCAGCCCGCAAGUGGUGCAGAUCUCCCAGGGCCAGGGAGGCCAAAGGUUGGCGGUGCCACUCAAGCUCCUCCUGCAGCCGCAGGCUGGCUCCACCUCUGUCGCUGGGGGUGCGGUCUCUGUCGUCAAGGUGAUAAAUACAUCCGCGGCCGGUGGCCCCUCCACCACCACCACGGCGUCUGUGGCAGGCAGCUCCAUGACAGCAGUGCGCUCCCCCAAGACCCUGGAGCCCAUGCGCCGCGUGGAAACCCUGUGCAAGCAGGAAAAGGCCAACCGGAUCGUGGCGGAGGCCAUCGCCCGCGCCAAGGCCCGUGGCGAGAGGAACAUCCCGCGCGUCCUUAACCUGGACGAGCUGCCUGCCACGACCGGGCUCUCCUCACCGGAGCUGGGGGCCACCGCGACAACCGGCACUGCUGGCGGCAAGAGGAAGGGUGGAGGGGGUGGGGCCAAGAAAAAGAGCUCGUCCUCGAUUGGAGGGAAAGCUGGAGGCGGAGCUGGAGAGAAGAAGGGGAAGGCAAAGGCUGGAAGCGGAUUGGUUGGAACUGGAGGAGCAGGAGGCACUGGUGGAGUCGGGGGCAGCAAGAGCAAAAGUAAAGCCAAGACCAACACAAUUACCCCAGUUGGGGGCAAAAAGAGGAAGAGGACAGCCUCCUCAGACCACUCAGAAGGGGAGUUGAGCCCCCCUGCUUCCCCACGUGCGCUAGAGGAGGAGAUGCUGCAGAAGAGACGUUCCAACAGGCAGAUAAAAAGGAAGAAGUACACCGAGGAUUUGGACAUAAAGAUUACGGAUGACGAGGACGAGCAGGACGAAGACGUGGAUGUUACCAGCAUGCCCAUGUCGUCCGGCCAAGUGGUGGCUCUUGGCUCCGUAACAGGGCAGCACCUGCAGCAGGAAUUUGUCGCGGUGGAUGGGGAUGGCCUUCCCAGCAUGCAGUUCUUUGUGGAGAAUCCCAGUGAGGAGGAUGCUGCCAUCGUGGAUAAAGUUUUGUCCAUGCGGAUCACCAAGAAGGAGGUAUCUCCCGGGCAGUAUGUCAACGUAGAGGAAUUCUUUGUCAAGUAUAAGAACUACUCUUAUAUGCAUUGUGAGUGGGCCAGCAUGGAGCAGCUGGAGAGGGACAAGAGGAUCCACCAAAAGUUGAAGAGGUUCAAGACUAAGAUGGCCCAGAUGAGGAACAUCUUCCAGGAGGAAGAGGAACCCUUCAACCCAGAUUAUGUGGAGGUGGACCGCAUCCUGGAUGAGUCCCACAGUGUGGAUAAGGAUAAUGGAGAGCCGGUGGUGUACUACCUGGUGAAGUGGUGCUCUCUACCUUACGAAGAUGCUACCUGGGAGUUGAGGGAAGACGUCGACGACACCAAAAUAGACGAGUUCAGGAAGAUCCAGGAGCGCCAGCCGCGCCUGAAGCGAACGCCUCGCCCACCUGCCAGUUGCUGGAAGAAGCUGGAGGAGUCUCGUGAGUACAAGAACGGCAAUGCGCUCAGAGAGUACCAACUGGAGGGUGUCAACUGGCUACUCUUCAACUGGUACAACAGGCAGAACUGCAUCCUGGCAGAUGAGAUGGGUCUGGGAAAGACCAUCCAGUCCAUUGUCCUUCUGUCAGAGGUGUUCGCCGCUGGUGUGCAGGGCCCCUUCCUGGUCAUUGCCCCUCUGUCCACCAUCACUAACUGGGAGCGGGAGUUUGCCAGUUGGACAGAGAUGAAUGCCAUCGUCUACCAUGGCAGCCUGGCCAGCCGGCAGAUGAUCCAGCAAUAUGAGAUGUACUGCAAAGAUGAGAAGGGCCACUUGAUCCCAGGAGCGUACAAGUUUGAAGCUCUGAUAACCACGUUCGAGAUGGUGCUGUCCGAUUGCCCGGAGCUGCGGGAGAUCUCCUGGCGUUGUGUGAUCAUUGACGAGGCCCAUCGACUGAAGAACCGUAACUGCAAGCUCCUGGACAGCUUGAAGAUGCUAGACUUGGAACAUAAGGUGCUUUUGACUGGCACGCCUCUUCAGAACACAGUGGAGGAGCUCUUUAGCCUGCUGCACUUCUUGGAGCCUGCCCAGUUCCCCUCAGAGACUGAGUUCCUGCGUGACUUCGGUGAUCUCAAGACCGAGGAGCAGGUCCAGAAGCUGCAGGCCAUCUUGAAGCCCAUGAUGCUGAGAAGGCUGAAGGAGGACGUGGAGAAGAACCUGGCUCCCAAACAGGAGACCAUCAUCGAGGUGGAGCUGACGGAUGUCCAGAAGAAGUACUAUCGCGCUAUCCUGGAGCGCAAUUUCAGCUUCCUGAGCUUGGGGGCCACGCAGAACAGCAAUGUGCCCAACCUGCUCAACACCAUGAUGGAACUGCGCAAGUGCUGCAACCACCCCUACCUCAUCACAGGGGCAGAGGAGAAGAUCGUGGCAGAAUUGAAGGAGGUCUACGAUCCCUUGGCCCCUGACUUCCACCUCCAGGCCCUGGUGCGCUCGGCGGGGAAGCUGGUGCUGCUAGAUAAGCUGCUCCCACGGCUAAAAGCCGGGGGCCACAAGGUGCUCAUUUUCUCCCAGAUGGUUCGGUGCCUGGACAUCCUGGAGGACUACCUCAUCCACAAGAGGUAUCUGUACGAGCGCAUCGACGGCCGCGUCAGGGGUAACCUGAGGCAGGCAGCCAUCGACCGCUUCAGCAAGCCCGAUUCUGACCGCUUCGUCUUCCUGCUGUGCACCCGUGCCGGCGGCCUGGGAAUUAAUCUAACCGCUGCCGACACCUGUGUCAUUUUCGACUCGGACUGGAACCCCCAGAACGACCUCCAGGCACAGGCUCGGUGUCACCGGAUCGGCCAGUCCAAGGCGGUGAAGGUCUACCGGCUGAUCACCAGGAACUCGUACGAGCGGGAGAUGCUGGACAAGGCCAGCCUGAAGCUGGGCUUGGACCGUGCCGUGCUGCAGAGCAUGAGCGGCAACAAGGACAGCAGUGUCAACGGGAUCCAGCAGUUUUCCAAGAAAGAGAUUGAGGACCUACUGAGGAAGGGGGCGUAUGCGGCCAUCAUGGAUGAAGGCGAUGAGGGCAGCCGCUUCUGUGAGGAGGACAUUGAUCAGAUCCUGCAGAGGAGGGCGACCACCAUCACUAUCGAGAGUGAGGGCAAAGGGUCCACCUUCUCCAAGGCCAGUUUUGUUGCGUCUGAGAACCGGACGGACAUUGCGCUGGAUGAUCCAGAGUUUUGGCAGAAGUGGGCCAAGAAGGCAGACAUAGACAUGGACACCAUCAACAGGAAGAACACCUUGGUGAUCGACACGCCCCGGGUGAGGAAGCAGACUCGGCAGUUCACCCUCCGCGGUGAGGGCGGGGCCGAUUUCUCGGACCUGGACAGCGAGGACGAGUACACGGCCCACAAUUCCCGGCAUGCCCGCGCCUCCCGCCGAUCGGAGCGGCACUCUGGGGGCGGCUAUGGCCGCACAGACUGCUUCCGUGUCGAGAAGCACCUGCUGGUGUACGGGUGGGGGCGCUGGCGGGAUAUCCUGUCCCACGCCCGGUGCAAGCGGCGCCUGGGUGAGAGGGACGUGGAGACCAUCUGCCGCGUGAUCUUGGUGUUCUGCCUGCUGCAUUACCGUGGUGACGAGAACAUCAAGAGCUUCAUCUGGGAGCUCAUCACCCCGCCGGAGAACGGCCGAGCCCCUCACACCCUCCUCAACCACUCCGGCCUCUCCAUCCCCGUGCCCCGUGGAAGGAAGGGGAAGAGGGUAAAGGCUCAGAGCUCCUUCGACGUGCAGAAGGUGGAGUGGAUCCGAAAGUACAACCCCGACUCCCUCCUGCUGGACGACAGCUACCGGAAACACCUCAAACACCAGUGCAACAAGGUGCUGCUGAGGGUGCGCAUGCUGUACUACCUCAGACAGGAAGUGAUAGGAGACCAUGCAGACAGUGUGCUUCAUGGAGCUGAUGCCAGGGACAUCGACAUCUGGAUGCCCGAGAUGGAGCAGCUGGAGGUGCCGUCAGCCUGGUGGGACACGGAGGCAGACCGCUCCCUGCUCAUAGGGGUCUUCAAACAUGGGUAUGAGAUGUACACCACAAUGCGUGCCGACCCCUGUCUGUGCUUCCUGGACCGCGCCGGUCGCCCUGAUGACCGGGCUAUCGACGCCGAGCAGCACUCUGCCGACGCCGACCUUGGUGAUGGGGGAGACUACGAUAAGUACUCUGAGGAUCCCGAAUUCAAGCCGGCCACCAGACAAAGCAAAGAGCCUUAUGAAGAGCAGGCUGACCCCAUGGACGAGGAGAUCUGUGUGGAGGACAAGGCGAUGGUAGCCGACACUCAGGCUGUGGGCCAGACGGGGCUGUGCCAAUGGCCGACCAGCUCGUCGCUCACGGCUCGACUCCGGCGACUCAUCACGGCCUACCAGCGCAGCUACCGGCGGGAGCAACUGAAGAUGGAAGCGGCGGAGAAGGGGGACCGGCGGAGGAGGCGCUGCGAGCAGGCCUCCAAACUGAAGGAGAUCGCGCGCCAGGAACGGCAGCAAAGGUGGACUCGGAGGGAGGAGUGCGAUUUCUACCGCGUGGUGUCCACGUUCGGCGUGGAGCGCGUGAAGACUGAGGGUCCAGGUCAGGAGGGUCAGCUGGACUGGACCAGGUUCCGAACCUUCGCCCGGCUGGAUAAGAAGACCGACGAGAGCCUGAGCCGCUAUUUUCGGGGCUUCACUGCCAUGUGCCGGAGAGUGUGUCAGCUACGGCCCGCCACUGGGGACGAGAUAAUGGACCUCUCCCAGUCCGUGGCUCCCAUCACGGAGGAGCGGGCCUCUCGCACCCUUUAUCGCAUCGGCCUGCUCAGUCGGCUGCGCGAGCGUGUCCUCCCCCACCCGUCACUGGAAGAGCGCCUCCUGCUGGUGCAGCCCAGCUCCGAGCUCCCUCGCUGGUGGCGCACGCCGCAGCACGACCGCGAGCUGUUGCUAGGCGCCUCCCGGCACGGCGUAAGCCGAACGGAGCUCUCCAUAUUUCGUGACCCCGACUUCUCCUUCCUGCAAGCCCACCUCGACUUCAUGCAGAGCCAAGCGCGGCCCGCCUCCCGCAGCUCUACGCCCUCACUUCACGGCCUGCAGCAGGAUGACGGCGAGGGCGCCGGGGUGAAGGUGGAGGAGCAGGAGGCGGCCGUGGAGGCCCGUCUGCUCGGGGAGGUGUCGACGAGCACGGGGUCUCCCGGUCGCGUGGACUCCCCCUCGAUGUUCCUGGCGCAGCCGGACGGGGCUGUGGGAAAGAGCCGUGGCUGCUGGGUAUGGAAGAAGAACCGAGGACGCCGAGGAGGGGGUCACCAUGCAGCCAGGGCGGUGGAGGGCGGCCCGUCCGACUCGGAGUCCGAAUCGGACUCCGACUCGACCUCAUCCAGGCGGUCGGGCAGCUCCGACGAGAGCGGAGACAGCGAGGUGGAGAGGGACCAGGAGAGAGGCACCGAGAAGCUGUGUGACAUCGAUGAGGAGAACAGUGUCCUGUCCAUGACGCCUUCCCAGGAUGGGAUACCCACUGACACGCUCGCUGACGCCCUGAGAGCAGACUGGCCCAAAGACCGCGUGCUGAUUAACCGACUCGACAGCAUCUGUACGACGGUGCUGACGGGGCGCUGGCCUGCAGGGCGGCGCCAUAUCGCUGACAUGCAGCCCAGCUAUGUGACUGAGGAACAGGCAGCGGGCGAGGAGCUUGGCUUUACCCGCUUGGUCCGCAAGGGUGGCGCCUCCUCUGGUGAGAGCGGCGAGGUGCAGGACACGGAAUUCACCGUCAAACUGCUGAAGGAGGAAGGUCUGAAGCUGACCUUCUCCAAACAAGCCCUGCUGCCCAACGGUGCUGGGGGAGAAGCAAGCACCCGCCGGAAACACAGGGACGCAGAGGUACACAGCAAAGGAACCGCACACGGCAAAGGAACCGCACACAGGCUGUCCGAGCUGGACUGUCCGGUGCCGGUAGUCAAUGCCGUGACGGGCGCGGUCCUGACCGGCGACAGCGCCCCGCGUAGGAGGGACUUGCACCACUGGCUGAAGAUGAACCCGGAGUACGAGGUGGAAGGAGACGUGCUGGAGCUCCUCGCCAGCAGUCGCGCUCAGCGGAAGAGGAGGAGGAAGAAGAAGAGCGAGAAGGUGAAGGAGAUGACCGUGCUGUCGGGUGUUGAAAGAGUCAAGAUCAUAGACAUGAAGACGGGCAAGAAGCUUGGGGGUGGAGUCCCACUGCAGGACCUGAGGGAGUGUCUGGAGGAAAAUGUCAGCUACACUGUGGCGGCAGAGUGGGCCGAGGCAGUUCGCAGCUCGGGUUUUCUACCCGAGAGCCUCUUCCAUAGGCUCCUCUCCCAAGAAAAUAUUCCCAAAAAAGGCAGAUUCUACGCUCCAGCCCCCCAGGCCCAGCUGGAAGACCCUCUGCUGGGAGGAGGUAGCGGCGAGACCCUGGUUUCGGACGGGGCCUACAUGAUGGAUGACGAAGGCCUGGAGGACGGCAGUGACAUGACGCCCCGACACUUCCUGGCACCGGCCUUUGACGUGAAGAUGCAGAGCGCGGCUUUGGAGAUGGACGGGGGAGAUUGCUUGUCGCAGGGCGGAUACGACAGCUCUGACAGGGAGGCAGCUAUAUUAGAAGAUGUUAUCAUGGCGCCCAAAAAUUCUGACUCUUCCUCCAGCUCUGAGGAUUGACCAAGCUCCCCCCACCCGGCGUUCCCCCCAAGAUCAUGACUUUAUUCUUUUCCCCAUUAUUUUAUUCUUCAUUCUUUAUUAUAUUAUUAUUGUUAUUAUAAAUGUUGAUUCAUUAUGGAUAGUUUUUGGUUCUUUCUACUUUUUUAUAGUUUUUUGGAAAUGAGCAGUUUAUUUUUUUCAGGUGAACACCCACCUCCUUACUUACUCCUAUCUCGCAUCUUCCCUCUUCUCCCUCCGUUUACCCAUCUGGAGGUGUAGCACUCCUCCCCCUGUCCUGUCCUUCUCCCUCCUCCCUCCAGCUGGGCUGUCUGGAAGCAGACCUUCCAGGAGCUGUGAAAAUUAGGAAUCGUGGCAGUGGCUGUGCCUGAAGGCGACCCCUGUCCAGUAGUCACUGAUUAAGUCCCUCGCACACUAACUGCCCCGUUCCGUCAGGGUCCAAACCACCCCACCCCUUCCCUCUGAACCUCACGUGGAGACCUGUACAGAAGUACCUAGUACCAAGUGUGACAAUACUGUUGAGCCAAAUGCCAGACUGAACAUAUAAAGGUCUUCUCAUUGUGUGUGUUUCUGAUAUAGAAAGAUGUUUUUGUUUUUGAUUGGAUUAGACUGGCUGGAGGCAAGGGCUGUUAUAGUGAGGGUGGGUUGUGGGUGGUUGGGGGGUGGAGCUAGUUGCUGAACCAGAUUUAGAAAGAUGGGUGUAUUGUACAAUGUAGAGUUGCUGAAUUGCUUGCAAAAAAUGAGUUAUUGUUUUAUGAACUGACUCUGUUUCUGUGAUAUGAAAUAUAAAUAACAUUCUACAGAUGAA